AUGCCGGACUACGUCGAUCAGCGCGCGAUCAUGUGCGUCGCCGGGGGCAUCGUCGCCGGCGCUCUCGUCGGCGCACACCUCAAGGGAAUGAGCUGGUGCCCGGCCCUGUGGGGCACGUCCGACGACGGUAAGGGCGCGGGAUCUGCGGGGCAGUCGCGCUCCACGAAGGAGGAAUUCAUCUCCCAGCUGGGUAUGAUCCCGCACCCCGAGGGCGGGUUCUUCGUGGAGACGUACAGGAGCGGCUCGGUGCCGAUGACCUCCCGGGGUUUGACGGACAAGGAUGGCGAGCUGAUGACCACGAACCGCGGCCCGACCCCCGAAAGGAACGUGAUGACCUCCAUCUACUACAUGCUCACCGCGGAGAGGCCGCACCAGGACUGGGUGAACAACAUGUCAGACCACGUGCACUACCACCACGCGGGCGGGACCCUGAUCUACAACUUGGUGCUCCCGGACGGCACGUUCGUCGAGCGCAGGCUGGGCACCAACGUCGCGGCGGGGGACGAGCCGCAGCUGGUGGUCAAAGGCGGGACGCUCAAGAGCGUGAGGCUCGAGGCUGGAGCCGAGUUUGGACUGCUCGGAGAGGGCGUGGCCCCGGGUUUCGACUUCAGGGACUUCAAGUGGGUCACGGCCAAGGAGCUCAAGGCGCUGAGCCCCGAGGCGUUUGCGAAGACGUCGGACCUGAUCAAGCCGCAGCCCGAGGAGACGUUUGACCAUUUUUAUGACAAGUAAUAA